AAACCUAACUGAUAUAAUUCAAGCACAGGGUUCAAUUAAUUUGAGUUUUCAAAGGGAGAAGGCCCCUCUGGCGACACCCAACAUACUUCAAGGAAACUGCAUCCUGACAACUUGUUGCUUUGCGCUGGGUUUUCUUUUGCAGCUUAAUCUUAGCAGCGCUGACGAAGUAAACUUCAGCAGCGACGUCAGGCACUGCACUUCACCGUGAAGAUGGCGGAGGCUGCGGAGGCACCACAACACCGGUUUUUCUGUCACUGCUGUAAAUGUGAAACAAACCCCAAACUCCCGGAUUUCGUCUGCCCCAGAUGUGACUCUGGCUUCAUUGAGGAGGUGGCAGAAGACUCCAGUCUCCUGCAGGACAGCACAUCAGCAGCCAGUGAAGACUCAAACUCAUUCUUCUCAGAGUUAUGGCAGCUGCUGUUUAUGGAACGCUCUGCUCUGCUGUCGCAUCCGCCCUCCUCAGAGUCCCACCCAGACGACAGCGAGCAGGUAUCUGCAGGUCAGAGCCGUCCCUCUCUGGUGACACCAGGUGCUGCCGCUGAGGCCAGAGAACCAGAGUCUACGUCCCAGCCUGAACAAGAGAGGUCAUCCAGGCCUGAACAAAGGCCUGCAGUGGAAGGGAUCGUGCAGCAGUUCUUGGCUGGCCUGUUUGCCAACAAUGGAAACCCUGGAUCUGCACCAGCUGCACUAUCCAGCAUGCUACAGUUGUACUCAAACCCAGGAGACUAUGCGUGGGGUCAGGGAGGUUUGGAUGCUGUCAUCACAGAGUUGUUAGGACAGUUGGAGAGCACAGGUCCACCUCCUGCAGAAAAGGAGAUGAUCUCAUCCCUGCCAACCGUUUGCAUCUCUCAGGAACAGACAGACUGCAGACUGGAGUGUCCAGUAUGUAGGGAGGAGUAUUCAGUGGGGGAAUCUGUGAGAAAGCUACCCUGCCUCCACUACUUCCACAGUCAUUGUAUAGUGCCUUGGCUGGAGCUGCAUGACACCUGCCCAGUCUGCCGCAAAAGCCUCGACGGCGUUGACAACAGCCUCCCGCCCACAUCAGAACCCCCAGAAGCCCGCUCCAUCAGGACAGAGCAACAAGAGAGGCAGGCGAUCUGAAAAACGGGGCAAACAACUCUACCUCCUUUACUGUUUUCAAGAGACAUGCUUCUCACCUCAAACCUUUCCCUACACAUGGACUGCUUUUAAAAAACACGCAUUACAUGCAUCACAGUCAUAACUUGCAGACUAAACUCUCACGAUAUACGCAUCUCUGCUAAGGACCUUUAUGUUUCCAUCUUCACCGUUUUUAAGAUACACUACACACAAAAGGACGUAGCAGUUUGCCGGCAAGAUGUGGAGGUGAUGUGUCCUUCUCGCUACGCUGCCCUCCUAGGUGGUUUUCUGAAUGACUGACUUUGAUGUCAUGAACUAAUCACCACUGAGAUGCCAGUGGUUGUCAAAAUGACGGGAAUACACAGAGUUAUGAAGACAGUUUCUUAAUUCAGUGUUUUGUUGACCUUUUUUUCCACCCAAUCUGAUUCAGUUUUUAUCUUCUCUACAGACAAAGCUGUUAUUAAAGCCUAACCCUGUGACCCUC